AUGGGGUUCUUCUCAUCAUUGAGAAAGCACUUCAAGGGUGCUUCAACUCCAUUGGAGAGGAAACUUGUUCUCAAGUUGGACUUCUUCAUUCUUACUUUCUGCUGUUUAGCAUAUUUCAUGAAUUAUCUCGACAGAGCCAGCAUAACCCAAGCAUAUGUUUCUGGAAUGCGAGAGGACUUGGGCUUCAAAGGUGCUCAACUGACUGUCGUAACGACUCUUUAUGCGACAGCGUAUCUCAUAGGCAUUGUCCCCAACAAUUUGCUCUUGACUUAUUUUAAGCCUCGAAACUUCUUCCCCUUUAUGAUCACAACCUGGGCAGGAAUUACUAUGCUAAACGCGGUGGCGAAGACUCCGCAGCACCUCAUGGCUAUCCGAAUCUUCCAAGGGUACUUUGAAUCAUGCAUCUUCGCCGGAACCCAGUACAUUCUGGGAUCAUGGUAUACUAAGAAGGAGCUUGGCCAGCGCACAGGAUUCUUCACCGCCAGUGGUCUAGCUGGUGAUAUUUGGGGUAGGCGGUGGCUGUCGGGAUACUACGUCUCCUUCACGGCUAUUGCUAAUGCCGCAAUCAUUCUCGCGCCAACUUCGACGGCAGCCAAAUUUGGGGCCUACUACUGGGCUGGCUCGAUCUAUUGCAUCCAAGCCACUUUCUUUGCGUGGGCCAAUGACUCGAUGCGAAAUGAAUCACCGAGACUACGAUCAGCCGAUGACGCUCCAGAGUUCAAGAAAGGAAUGAUUGUCAUGAUUGCUGUAGGAACGACCAUGGCGAUUUGGGUCACCGUUCUUAUUCUAGUCGAAAAGCGGCGAGCCAAGACGGAGCUUCAAGUCAUCGAGGCUGUUGUGGAAGAGCAAAGUCUGGGGUCAGAAGGGCCUACGAAGCUUGACUCUGCUAAGUUGGAUAACCAAGUUUCCGAUGUUAAACCGACUUUACACUGA